UUCAACUUUCGAUUUCCUACAAUUCUCGACGCUCUUUAAUUUUUCUUUUUCGUUCUUUGGGUGGGAGAGAUCAAUUGACACUCCCAUUCAAUCAUUCAUCAUGGCUCCAAAAUAUAAGGAAGGAGAGACAGUUGCUGCAUUCAACGGAAAAUGGAUCUCAUAUGCACAUACGACUGUAGCUUAUUGCGCAUUUCUCGGUGCUCUUAUUGUUGGAGUAUACCUCCAUUACCACAAGAUCGUUCAAAAUGAGUUCUAUGGAUAUCCAGAGGAAUGGUUUCCAUCUGUAUCUGCCACUAUUGGCGACCGUUACCCUGAACGAUCUGUCUUUAUGCUCUUUAUUGCCCUUACAUCUGGUCCUCGAUUCGCCCUCGUCGGACUCUGGUACAUCCUCACACGACGCCCGAACGCUACCCUGCCUAAGUUCGUUGCUGGCGUGGGCAUUUUCCGAACACUUACCUGCGGCGGCUGGACCUACGUUACUUCGACGGAUGAUCAUGAUUGGCAUGAUAUCUUCAUGAUUUCGUACCUCGUUGCGACCCUGCCAUGGACUCUCGGAGUUCUUGCACUUAGUCCCACAAAUCCCACCGCUCUGAAAUACAGGAAGAUCUUUGCUGGCAGCUUCUUCGGCACAUUGGUGCCAUUGAUCUAUUUCUUCAUCCAACACAAGGUGCACCGAGUUGCUGGAGCUUACACCACCUAUGCCUUUUUCGAAUGGUCCCUGGUUUUACUGGAUGUAGCCUUCGACGCCGUUACUUUUAUUGAAUUCUCGAACUUGGAGAUUGUUGUGAAGGACGUUCGUGGCAUCACUCGCGGAGCGGGUAACAAAGCUGUCGCCGAUGCUGUGUUGGAGAAAGAAAGGGAGAAGGAAGUUGCCCAAGUCUUUGCUAGUGGCUUUUCCUGGGUCGGUGUCUUCGACGCCGCUGCUGAUGUCUACAAUGGGUUCGUCUUCUGGUCCAUGUUGACCUCCCUGGGUCUUUGCGUCUGGUAUUUCCCACUCUGGCAUAUGGGUAUUUCCGGUUAUGAGGUGCUUGUUAUGUGCACCGUUUCGCCGUUCUUGCUCGGCAUCAGGUCACUUCGUUUCCUUGUUGUCCGCCAUGUGCGCAUCGUCCAUCUUCUAUCACUCUCUGGUAUGCUCGCAUUCCUCGCCAAAUCCCCAGAGAAUCGUCUCUUCUCCGUUGGCUUUGGUGUAUGGAUGGCUUGUCUUGGUUGGUCGGCCACCUUCUUUGCAGAACGGUCUCAGCCACAUCGUCUCGAGGCCCGUAUCUCUGCGUUCUCUCUUGGUCUUCUCGCUUCCAGCGUCGCCAAAUUCUCCUUCUGGACAAACAACCCCGUCUGGCCCGUCAUGCAUGCAGCAAACGGUGGCUGGAACAAACUUGGCUUCGCUCUCGCCGUUCUUGCCAUCCUGAGGUCAACUAGGGCUACCGCAAGCUCUGGAGCUGACUCUCCCGCUCCUGGCCCCACCAAAGGAUCGCCAGCCCUCGCUGGACUGGGACUUGCUGGUCUGUUCUUUGCGAUGCAUUCCUUACUAUCGGAUUCAAGCACAAUGAUUCUCUGGGUCUGGGAGGGCUACCCUGUUCGUGGCCCACUUGCUGUUCCCCACGGCGCAUGGACUCUUCUGGCAAUGGGAGCUGGUCUCGUUCUUGGUCUUUUUGCGCCUUCCCUUGCCCGCUCCUGGGUCCUCUACGGAAUCGGUUCCAUUGGUGCCGCCGUUCUGACUACUACUAGCCACUGGACAGGAUACUAUGGUGCUCUUACACUCACUGUCUACGUCAUGGCUGCAGCCCCUGUCUUCAUUGCCCAUGCCGCCCGUCACUCACCAGCCACUACUUUCGGUCUGGGUUUCCUCAUUUACAACAUCCUUGUGCUUGCCCACGUAUGGGUAGUUGCCUAUGCUUUCGUUCCUGGAGGUCCCCUCAUGCGCGAGCACACCGAUUGGGUUAUGACUGCUAUGAUGCUCUUCAUGGGCUGCGGCGUCUUCUCUCUCAGUGCCCAACCCAGCGCACCAACCAUCAAGAAAUACAAGGGCAAGCCAAACCCAGCUGCCGGCAGACAGCGAUCCUACUACCUAUACAUUCUCCUCGGUCUCGAGCUCUUGGCAACUGCAAUUGCAUACCUCCGCUUCCCAUCGUACAAUUACACCCCUUACCAUCCCGAAGAGAAGUCGGUCACAGCCGGUAUCUGGACCAUCCACUUCUCUCUCGACAACGACAUGUGGAGCUCCGAGCACCGUAUGCGCGACGUCAUCAAAGAGCUCGAACUCGAUGUCGUCGGCCUGCUCGAAUCUGAUCUCCAGCGAAUCAUCAUGGGCAACCGAGACACCACCCAAUUCCUUGCUGAGGAUCUCGGCAUGUACGUUGACUUCGGCCCCGGACCCAACAAACACACCUGGGGCUCUGCACUCCUUUCCAAGUUCCCCAUCGUCAACUCCACUCACCACCUCCUCCCUUCGCCGGUUGGCGAACUUGCGCCUGCCAUCCACGCCACGCUGGACAUGUACGGCCGCUACGUCGACGUCUUCGUCUUCCACUCUGGACAAGAAGAAGAUCCCGAGGACCGCCGCCUCCAGUCCGAAUACCUCGCGAAGCUCAUGAAGGAGACACCCCGCCCCUCGAUCCUUCUCAGCUACCUCGUCACGAAGCCAGGCCAGGGCAACUACAACACCUACGUUGGCGAGAAGAGCGGCAUGCGCGACGUCGACCCCAGCGAUUGGGACAGAUGGUGCGAGUACAUUCUCUACAAGGGACUCAAGAGGACGGGUUACGCCCGUGUCAGCAGGAGCACAAUCACAGACACUGAGAUUCAGGCUGCCAAGUUCGUCGUCGACCAGCCGGAGGGCACGAACGACUUCAUCCCCGAGGAGCAGGUUCCUCCAGGGUUGAGGUUCCCAGCGCUGUUCCGCGGCCAGGGUGUCAGAGGACACGCCUACCAUGUGUUCAACGAGCCUAGGUACUUCGCGUAGGAAUGAUGCUUCGCCAUUAGAAUAAGAAUGAGAAAAUAGUCACUUGGGUUUUUUGGGGGGAAAGGAAACGAACAUAAGGGGUAGGUACUGGCCGGUGUUUUUUUCCACGGCGUAAAUCUGGUCCAUUUCUCAGAAAACGUGUAUAAUAUCUACAAGUGUACAAAUCCUUUGUUUUGGC